AUGACAGCUGCCAAAUCCAUUCACUCCGGUCACCGAGAGCUGCGGAAAACUGGUACCUUUUGUUCCAAGUUUAACUUAGGAAGCCUCAAUACUGAGUGUAUCGCGUCAAUUUCUGUGCCAAGAAAAACAAGUCCUCCCAACGAAAACCGGAAGGUCAAGGACAGUCAAAGUUACGUUCGACGUCAGGACAUGGCUGAUUUACAACGGAAACCUUUAACGCAAACGCCGGAAUGGCAAGCGUUGCAAGAAUAUUAUAACAAGAAUGGGACAUCUAUUAAUAUGCCUCAAAUGUUCAAGGAUGAUCCAAAGCGUUUUGACAAAUAUAGUAAAAUACUGAAGUACAAGGAUGGCAGUAUGCUGUUUGACUUUUCAAAAAACCUGAUAAAUGACGAGGUGAUGAAACUGCUGUUUAAUGUGGCAAAGGAACGACAAGUGGAGAAGAUGAGAGAUGCUAUGUUUGCUGGAGAAAAAAUCAAUGUCACUGAAAUGCGACCUAUGCUAGAUAUUGCCCUGCGAAAUCGAUCGAAUACACCAAUAAAGGUGGAAGGCAAAGAUUUGUUAACUGUCCAGGUUAUGCCACGUGUUAACAAAGUUCUCCAACACAUGCGCGAGUUCACGGAGUCGGUUCGGUCCGGUGCUUGGAAAGGCUAUAGUCGCAAAGCCAUCACAGAUAUUAUCAACAUUGGCAUUGGAGGAUCUUAUAUGGCCCCAGCAAUGGCGACAGAAGCUCUACGGCCGUUCCCGUGUGGUCCCACUGUUCACUUCAUUGCCAAUAUCGACGGAAGCCAUUUGACCGAAAUUUUGAAGAAAGUGAAUCCUGAAACGAGUCUGUUUGUUAUAGCAUCAAAGUCGUUCACAACUCGGGAGACGAUAACAAAUGCUACAGCAGCAAAGGCUUGGUUUCUUGAUCAUGCCAAAGAUUAUAUGCACAGAUUUGCGGCCUACGUCCAGAUGGCGGAUAUGGAAAGCAGUGGAAAGUUUGUCACUCGCAGUGGUCAAAGAGUUAACUACACGACUGGCCCGAUCGUGUGGGGAGAACCAGGAACCAAUGGGCAGCAUGCUUUCUACCAGCUCAUCCAUCAAGGCACACGAUUGAUUCCAUGUGAUUUCAUCAUGCCAGUUGAGACACACAACCCUGUACAGAAAGGAUUACAUCACGAGAUCCUUCAAGCCAACUUCCUAUCUCAGACUGAAGCACUUAUGACUGGCAAGUCACGCAAGAUAACCGAGGAAGAGUUGAAGACAUCCGGAAUGAGCAAAGACAAUAUUGCACGCAUCUUACUACACAAGGUGUUUGAAGGAAAUCGACCCACCAACUCGUUUUUGGUUCACAAGAUCACUCCAUUUACAUUAGGAAUGUUAGUUGCAAUGUAUGAACACAAGAUAUUUAUUCAAGGCCAGAUCUGGGAUAUCAACUCCUAUGACCUGUGGGGAUAUGUUUUAAGUUGGAGAUGUUUCUUAUAGUCACAGUUCUUAUUACAGAAAUACAAUUGUUCAGCUUUUUCUUUCUUCUUUUUGUUUUUGCAUAAAAUAAUUUCACAAAAUAGACUAAAUUUUAUCUGAAAUGAAAAAAAGGCUUUACCAAUAUAUAAUUAUUAUAUGUUUUAGAAUGUUUGAAACCAUUACAACCAGGAUGGUGUAUAUAAAAGAUUCCUUGCUACUAAUGAAAAAAUGUAGUGGGUUUCCUUUCGAAGAGUAUAAUGUCAAAAUUAACAAAUGUUUGACAUCCAAUAGUUGAUGAUUCAUAAAGUAAUGUACUCUAGUGGUGUCGUUAAACAAAACAAACUAUUACAAACCAACAACAUAUCGAGUUUGGCGUAAUUGAUCACAAAACAAGAUGUUGCAAGUAAUGAGUAAUUCAAUAGUAAAAAAGCUACAAUAAAUAUUACGCCUUAUGUUUUAUUACACACCAGUGUAAGAUAUUGAUCAUGUCAUAACAAUCACUCAUUAUUUAACUAGUAUAAUAUUGGCGUGACGUGAGCAUGACGUAGAUCACUUGCUGACCCAGUUCGCAGAAAAAUAACGUAUAGCAGGUCUCGACAUCUGCUUACUUCUGCAUUGUAGUUGGUUUGUAGUUGGUUUGUAAUAAGUAAAUUACUAAACAAACUUACUUGUCAUACCAUUUUCAUGAAACUAGUAAACAGUGUUGGUAUCCUACUCGCUUUCGUUCGUCAGAUUCCAAACCUGUUCACUUAUUUCAUAAAAAUGGUAUGACAGGCCAGCUCGUUUAGUAUUCGAUACUAUAUAGAGUCAUUUCCUUUAAUAAUUUUUAACUAUGUGUUUCAGUAUUGAGCUUGAAAGGCAGCUGGUCAAAGUUAUUCAGCCUGAACUGAAAGAUAGCAAAACAGUCAGUAGCCACGACUGUUCAACAAAAGGACUGAUUAAUUUUAUCAAAAAAACCAGGAAGUGAAUUUUUGUUUACAUGUUACUGUUUUGUUAAUUAACUGUUGUAUUUUUACUUAAAAGGGACAUACCCUAGUUUUUAAACACUAGGGCACAUUU